AUGGAUUUCAACUCAUUCACCAACAUUGUCGAUGGAAAAGCUCGAACUAGCACGAAGUUUUAUCAUGGUGUUGACCCGACGACGGAGAAUCGCCUUUGGGACGUCCCAGUCGCCUCGCAUGACGAUCUGGAUGCCGUGGUCUCCGCAGCUCAGAAGGCAUUCGAAACUUGGUCUGCCUUACCAUUUGAAGGUCGGAGAAGACUUUGCGCCAACUUCGGCGAGCUUUACAAACAAAACCUGCAAUACUUCGACGAGCUGAUCCGGAUAGAAUGUGCAAAACCUGGGUUGUUGGUGCUAUAUGUCCCUGGAAUUGUGAUUCCCGUUGGGCUUGCUCUGGGAAAGAUCGGGCCAGCACUCAUGGCCGGCAACUGCGUGAUUGCGAAGCCUUCGCCUUUCACGCCAUAUUCGCUCCUCAAACUUGUUGAACUCGCACAGAAAGUCCUGCCUCCCGGUGUCUUACAGGUUCUUGGCGGUGACGACUCUUUGGGUCCGUGGAUGACAGAACAUCCUGGCAUUCAGAAGAUAUCAUUCACAGGCUCAAUCGCAACAGGGAAAAGGGUUAUGCAAGCUUGCUCCAAAACUUUGAAGAGGGUGACUCUUGAACUCGGUGGUAAUGACGCUUCAAUCAUCUGCGCAGAUGUGGAUGUUGCGAAGGUCGCUCCACUGGUAGUGAAUGGUGCUUUUCGAAACUCUGGACAAGUUUGCACAGCCACCAAGCGGAUAUACGUCCAUGAGUCUAUAUACAAUGAUUUUCUAGAUGCAAUGGUGCGCCACACCAAAACACUGAAAGUGGGUUCUAGUUCGUUGGAAGAAGAUGUCAACCUCGGUCCCGUGCAGAAUCAAAUGCAGUAUCUGAAGGUGAGAGAAUACUUUGACGAUUGCUGCAAAGAAGGAUACCAGUUCGCUACUGGUGGACGAAUUCAACCUGGAAAAGGGUAUUUCAUCAACCCUACGAUUGUGGACAAUCCGCCGGCAGAGUCGCGCAUCGUGGUAGAAGAGCCAUUUGGCCCUAUUGUUCCGGUCCUCUCCUGGUCGGAUGAGGAUGACGUGAUACGUAGCGCAAACAACACAAACACCGGUCUGGCUGCCUGUGUAUGGUCGUCAGACAUGAGUCGGGCAAGGCGUAUUGCCGGGCGCAUCCAAGCUGGGAGCGUCUUCAUCAACAGCAGCGAGGCUAUCACGCCCAAGGGAGUGUUCAGCGGUCAUAAAGAGAGUGGAAUAGGAAGUGAAUGGGGCUCAACGGGUCUUCUUGGCUUCUGCAACGUAAAGGUAACGCAUAUCUUCAAGUAG